UCCAUUCAUGCUCCGCAUUGACUUCCGUCCUCACUCCAGUCAUAUCUCCGGCAUGGCGGAAACUGUUGCCGCCGCCGCCGCCGCUAAGAGCGCGGCAAUUUUUGUGGGGAAGUCAGCGGCACAUGCGGCGAUAGCCUAUCUCAUCAAGAAAGCCCUUGGCCGCCUCUCGGCGGAAGAUGAGGACCUGCGCGGAAGGCUGACGGCGAAGCUGCCGGCCAUCGAAGCGGUCUUCGGCGCGGCCGAUCAGACGCCGGUCCAGGAGGACCCUGUCCUGGGCCCAUUGCUGUGGCAGUUCCGAGAUGCCAUCCAGGAGGCCGAGGAUGCGCUCGGCGAGCUGGAGUUUCUGGAUCUGGAGAGGCAGGCCAAGGACCGGAGAGCCAGGGAUGCCAAAGAUUGGAGAGUGAGGGUAUCCUCCCGCCUCCCUAGCAUCAGCACAGGGCUCCGGCGAUCUCUCAGCGCCGCUUGCGGCGGCGGCUCUACCAAGGGUUUGAAAGGUGCCCUCAAGAGGUUGGAUUUAGUACUUGGCAAUGCAGAUAAAUUCCUCGCAACCAUGAGCCAUCGACUCCAACCUUCUUGUUCUGAUAACCAAGGGCACCAUGGUGAUCUUGCCAGCAGGCGUGAGACAAUGAGGGAGUUGACGACGGUUGCCUUCGGCCGGCGGAGCGAAAAGAAUGCGAUAAUUGAAUGGCUGGGGGUUCAAGCUACACGGCAGGUUACAGAUCUGGCAUUGUCCGUGUGCGCGAUUGUUGGGGACGGUGGUAUGGGGAAAACAACCCUGGCGCAGUUUGUCUGCCAAGAUAAGGAAGUGCAGGAUCAUUUUGGUGGUAUGAUCAUCUGGGUGCACAUCUCUAGGCAUUUUGAUCCAAAAGUAUUGGUCCGAAAGAUCAUGGGAUCAAUCAACCGAGACAAAGCUAGCGCCCAGGCUUUCGACCCCCUGCAAUCAGAUCUUAUUAAAGAGCUGCUGACUAAAAGGUUUCUGCUGGUUUUGGAUGAUGCAUGGGAGGAUAUGGUGCAUGAGAGAUGGGAACAAUUUUUAGGCCCAUUAAGAAAUAUGGCCCCAAUGGGAGGCAGGAUCUUGCUCACAACCCGAAUGGCAUCAGUGGCUGAUGCUGUCAAACGUCAAAUCCCUGCUGGAUUUAAAUGUUUGGAGCUGAGGGGUUUAGAUCAGGAAGACACUUUGAUGCUCUUCAAUCAUCAUGCAUAUGGUGACUCGACUCACAGCGAUAAAUCGGACUCAGAACUUCGGUUGAUUGGAGAACAGAUUGCCAGAAAUCUUAGAGGUUGUCCCUUCAUAGCAAAAGUAGUUGGUCAGCAACUGAGAGAUAACACAGAUUAUAGUAAAUGGAAAAACGUCUUAAAUCAAGGUAUCCACCAGUUUGAUGAAAUUGUGCCUAGAAUUAUGGAGAUGCUCAGGUUGAGCUACCAAAAUCUGACUUAUGAAGUGCAGCUUUGCUUUCGGUAUUGCAGCAUAUUUCCUCCUCAUUACAAGUUCAAGGUGGAAGAAGUGAUUGAGAUGUGGGUGAGUUCAGGUUUGAUUUUGCAAAGAGAGAAUGGCCUAAAGAAGCAGGAGGAUAUUGCUAGAGGGCACUUCAAUACUCUGUGCCGAAAAUCAUUUCUUUCAUUGGUACCCCGAGAACUGCAUGCUGAUCCUUCCGAUGAUUACUAUGUCAUGCAUGACUUGAUGUAUGACUUGGCCUGUUUGGUUUCAAGUGAGGAAUGUUCAAGGUUUCGAGUUACUGACCACAACACCAACAUAUUCCCUAAAGUGCGCCACUUAUACAUUGAAGGCGUAAGUUCUAAAAGUAUUGAUAUAAUUUCACGGUCCAAUUACCUACGAACUCUUAUCAUAUCACAUGAGGAAAAUUCCAUUCAGCAAGAGCUUGUGCAUGAUUUGAAGAAAGCUAUAAAAGGCAGAACAAGCUUACGGCUCUUAAAGUUAUGUGGAAAUGGUAUUUUUGGAAUGAACAAGGCUAUUGCUGAACUGAAGCACCUUAGGUACAUCUCUAUGUCUGCUACCGAUGAACCCAAUCUCUGUAACUUAUUUAAACUCUAUCACCUGGAGGUCCUUCGAAUACAGAAGAUAGAGAAAGAAGAAAUAGUGAGCUUUAUCGAUAUAAGUAACCUACCUCACUUGCAGAAACUGCAUCUUCCUAAAAAUGCAUCAUCCAGGAUACCCCACAUUGGAAGUCUGACUACUCUUAGAGAGUUAAAUGGGUUCAGUGUGAAAAAAAAAGAUGGCCACAAAAUAACUGAGCUGAGAGAUUUGAGGAAUCUUCAAAAGGUCAUUGUGCUCGAUGUCCAAAAUGUUAGUGAUUACAAUGAAGCUUCUUCCGCUGAAUUGGAUAAGAAGACAAAUAUGAAGGUGUUAUCUUUUGAAUGGUCUUCUGAUCAGGCUAGAAUUGAUGACCGGAUUCUUAAUAAGCUUGUUCCGGACAGUAAUCUCAAGCAUUUGGUCAUUUCUGGAUAUAACGGCAAUCAACCUCCAAUGUGGAUGGAAAAUCCAUACCUUUCUAAUUUGGUACAUCUGAAGAUUGAUGGAUGCGUGGAAUGGGAUAAACUCCCCCCUCUGGGCAGCCUAUGGACGCUGAAGCAUGUCAUUCUGGAGAACCUCCCAAAAUUGAAGUAUGUUGGUAGGUCAUCCUACCAUUCUGGUGCUUACAGUUACAGUUAUAGGGGAAAAUGGACAAAAGGUCCUGGUUCUGAUGGAUUGCCUCCUCAUCUAAUUACAUUUGUUGUGAAAGAUUGCCCAGACUUGUACGAGCUACCUGACCUGCCUUUCAGCCUGCAGCAUUUGCAGAUAGAUGCCGUUGGAGUGUCUAACCUGCCAACCAUGUGUGAUCACAAGGGAUCAAGAGACGUUUCUGCAGUCGAGGCGCAGCUCUCCACUCUCCAUAUAGGAUCUAGCGAUUUUCUUAUUUCUCUAAAUGGAUGUUUCUUACAAGAGGAACACUACAGAGCUCUCACCUUCUUAAAACUGUUCCGUUGCAGUGAGUUAAGGUCCCUUCCAGUUGCAGCAGAUUUUGGAAGAAUAUCUAAGCUGGAGGGUAUUGAAAUUAUUGAAUGCAACAGUUUGUUGUCCUUGGGUGGGCUAGGAGCCCUUUCUUCACUUACAGAACUGAAAAUACAGCAUUGCGGCAAUCUGGUUACUACUUCAUUGUCAGGUUCCCUGCCAAUAUCAGUGAGAAGUCCCCAUCUGAAACUUGAGACACUGGCAAUUGAUGACCAUCGUUUACUUCUUCUGAGUCCACUUACAAACUUGUGCCUCACUAAAAGGCUUAUCAUAUCAGGCAGGUCAGAAAUGGCCGAGUUGCCUGAGGAAUGGCUGUUGCAGAAUAGUUAUCACCUAGAACAUAUAGAGAUAAGCAACGCAGAACUGUUGCAAUCUCUGCCUCUGAAGAUGCAUAACAUGCAUGCCCUCCGGAGUCUUUUUCUACAUGACACUCACAUUCUUCAGUCUCUCCCGCUCAUGCCCCCAAACCUCUGGGUCCUCGUCAUCCAUGGUUGCCACACCGAGUUGAAUGAGAAAUGCCAGGUCGGUGGUUCUGAGUGGACGAAGAUAAGUCGGAUCCCUAAUCGUAAGAUAUCUCCCAAGGAAAAUGAUAGACAUUAAGUUGCACAGUAUUUUGGAGGGGAGAAAUGUCAACCGUUCGAGAUUUUGCUCGGUAUGCAGGACAGUUGGCGCACAUGACAAGUAGCUAUGAGAAGAAGGGUUGAAAAACCAAAGUGCCCAUUAAUGUAUAAGAUACAUAACUGUAGACACAUACAUAUUAUUAUUAUUUUUGAAAGGAAGAUUA